UGGUUGCCCAGUGGUUGUUUGCUUAAAGAGGAGUAGGCGAUUAACAACAGUACAGGCUGAAAAGAGACAGCAAGUUCAGGGCCACAGAGGGAAAAUCUGACGUUUCUCCAGCUGCUGCUCCUUUCAUCCUCAAAUAACCAUGUGGCUUCUCGGAUUUUUAACCAGUUUGGACCUAAAGGCACUUUUUGUGUUUUUUUUCGUUUUCCUUUUGAUAGCAGAUUUUCUUAAAAACAGGAAAGCAGCUACUUUUCCUCCGGGACCCCUUGGCCUUCCCUUCAUUGGGAAUCUUUUGAGUGUAGAUGGCAAACACCCGCACAUCUAUUUCACCAAGCUGGCUGAAAAGUAUGGGAACGUGUUCAGUGUCCGCUUUGGAAGUGACACCUCCGUGUUUGUGACGAGCUACAAGAUGGUGAAGGAAGCUUUAGUGACACAAGCCGAGAACUUUGUGGACAGACCUCACAGCUCCAUGGCCACCAGGUUUUACCAAGGACCCACAAAUGGUUUGUUUAUGAGCAGUGGUGAGAAAUGGAAGAAGCAGCGGCGCUUUGCUUUAUCUACCCUGCGCACCUUUGGACUGGGCAAAAACACCAUGGAACAGUGCAUCCGUGAGGAGAUUCGUUACCUGCAGGAGGAGAUAGAGAGUGAAAAAGGUCAGCUUUUCACCCCUACAGGCCUCUUCAACAACGCUGUGUCCAACAUUGUUUGCCAGCUAGUGAUGGGGAAAAGAUUUGACUACAAAGACCACGACUUUCACAUUAUGAUUAAAUGUCUUGCUGAGGUUCUUCGGCUGGAAGGGAGCGUCUGGGGUUUGCUUUAUGAUGCCUUCCCUGGCUUGAUGAAGCACCUACCAGGGCCUCACAAUAAAAUGUUUAAACAUUUCGACGACCUACGAGACUUUCUUGAUCGGGAGAUAAAGACGCAUAAGAAGGACCUGGAUCGCAACAAUCCCAGAGACUAUAUCGACUCCUUCCUCAUUGAAAUGGAAAAACAUCAAGACUCAAGCCUGGGCUUCACUGAGGCCAAUCUGGCCUUCUGCUCUCUGGAUCUCUUCCUGGCUGGAACAGAAACAACCUCCACCACUCUGAUGUGGGCCUUGGUUUACCUCAUCAAACACCCAGACGUCCAAGUGAAAGUCCAGCAAGAGAUCGACAGAGUGAUUGGUCAGAACCGUCUACCGUCCAUGGCUGACAGACCCAACCUGCCGUACACUGAUGCUGUCAUUCAUGAAAUACAGAGAAUUGGUAAUAUUGUACCUCUGAAUGGACUUCGGAUUGCUGCUAAGGACACAACUUUGGGUGGUUACUUCAUACCAAAGGGGACUUCUCUGAUGCCCAUGCUGACUUCUGUGCUGUUUGACAAGAAUGAAUGGGAAACUCCAGACACCUUCAACCCGGGACACUUUCUGGAUGCUGAUGGAAAGUUUGUGAAGAAAGAAGCUUUCUUACCUUUCUCUGCAGGGAAGCGUGUGUGUCUUGGAGAAGGUCUGGCCAGGAUGGAGCUGUUCCUGUUUCUGGUGGGGUUACUGCAGAAGUUCUCCUUCUCUGUUCCUGAAGGAGUAGAGCUGAGCACUGAAGGAAUCACUGGAACCACAAGAGUGCCUCAUCCCUACAAAGUUUAUGCCAAAGUUCGCUGAGUUUGCAACUUCUUUAUUACAGAUAAAGAAAUUUAUUCUCUUUCUGUUCUGGGUAUCUGGCAACUCAAAUGUAUAAUUUUUACUGAGACAUUUUACUUUAAAAGACAUUGUGGAAGUGGCAUCAUUCAUUAAAAAAAACACUUCCAUUAUUUCAAUAAAGGAAGUUUUUGGUAUUUUGGAAAAUAAACAUUGAUUUGAGUGGUCAGAGCACUCGUCAUAAACCUAUUUAAUGUUAUUUUCUAAACAGGAAUCUUAGAAUGAUGAUUAUAUUUACCAA